AGUGUCACCCUCAUCAUUACAGCAAGUAUUCGACUAGUGGGGCCCAUCUUUUCAACCGCUCGGAUGUCCUACAAACAGCUUCAAAGGGUCUUUGCGUGUGAUCCCUUGUCAUUGAGAUCAUCUGCCAAAGUGCCAAACUAAUGGAUUGUUGACACUGUCAAUGAUUAAAAAUGUAAAACAUUAAACAAUUCCAAAAAAAAAAACUUUUCAAUCCAAAAUCCAAUAAGAACAGCUAAUAGCUCUCCUUUUCCCUUUAUUAGGGACCUUCCUCCAAUCGCAGUAGCAGCAGCCAAUGGAAGAGCUUCAAGGGAUCAUACAUGGCCUCUUUACAGCUCUUCUCCUUUCUCUCUUUGCAUUUUCUUCAGCUUCUUCAAUGCAUGAAGGACACAAAUUCCCAUUCAUGACGGGAGACAUUGAGGAUGUGACGGGCAGAUCAUACGAUUACAUAAUCGUCGGGGGAGGCGCAAGUGGCUGCCCGUUGGCUGCCACACUAUCCAAGAGAUACUCAGUGUUGUUAGUGGAUCGCGGUGGGUCACCUUACGGCAAUCCCCUCAUUGAAGAAAAGAAGAAUUAUGGGUUUCCAUUGAUCCAAACUGAUAAUUUCUCAUCCAUUGCCCAAGCAUUCGUCUCUGAGGAAGGAGUGUCCAAUCACAGGGGGAGAGUAUUGGGUGGGUCAACCACAAUUAAUGGUGGAUUCUAUAGUAGAGCUAGAGAAGAUUAUAUUCGGAGAGUUGGGUGGGAUGCGGAGUUAGUAAGGGACGCUUACAAAUGGGUGGAGUCUAAGAUAGUUUUUCAACCGAAUCCUCUGACCCCAUUGCAAUCUGUUACGGCAGAUGGCAUGGUCGAAGCAGGAGUUCGGCCUUUUAAUGGUUUUAGUUUGGAGCAUUUAAAGGGAACAAAGAUAGGAGGUAGCAUCUUUGAUAAUCAUGGAAGGAGACACACCUCUGCUGAUUUAUUAGCAGCUGGAAAUUCGAAGAAAAUCACUGUUCUUUUGAAUGCAACAGUCCAAAAUGUCAUCUUCUAUGAUGGAGGUGAUGGGAAAAAGCCCAGGGCACAUGGCAUAAGAUUCAUCAGGAGCAACGGCAAUCCGAACCACUUCUACGAAGCAUAUCUCAGCCAUCCAAAGGGUUCAAGAUCUUGGGGCGAUGUGAUACUAUCUGCCGGCGCACUGGGCAGUCCUCAGAUCCUCAUGCUGAGUGGUAUCGGGCCCCAAGAACAUCUCAAGCACUUCAACAUCUCCACUCUCAUUGAUGCCAGAGAAGUGGGCCAAGCCAUGCAGGACAACCCAUCAAUUACCUUUCGCUUAAACUACUCUCUCCAUGCUCUUCAAAAACCGCAACCCGAUCCCCCUCAAGUUGUGGGAAUUUCAAAGGGUUUCCGAAUCAUACUUCAAGCUAUAAUUCUUCCCACAAGCCCCAACACAACUAUAACACCAGUUGUAGCUAAAAUUGCAAAUCCUGCAUCGAGAGGGUCGCUAAGGUUAUGGAGCACAGAUCCCAGGCAGAAUCCUUCAGUGAAAUUCAACUACCUAGCGAAGGAGAGGGACUUGGAUGAAUGUGUCGAAAUGGCCCAUCUGGUGGAGAAAGUUGCACAGUCCAGAUCGAUCGAAAGAUUUCUAGGAAUGAGGCAAUUAGCAAUUGCGAAGGACGAUAUGUCUAGGGACAAGGAAUUGAGGGAUUUUUGCAAGAAAAACAUUAGGACGUUUUACCAUUAUCAUGGAGGGUGUGUUGUUGGGUCUGUUGUAGACAAGGAUUACAGAGUUUAUGGAGUGAAGGGGUUGAGGGUCAUCGAUGGAUCAACAUUGCUCGACUCCCCCGGUACGAAUCCAAUGGCAACUCUGCUCAUGUUAGGCAGGUACCAAGGAAUUAAGAUGCUAAGGAAGAGAAAUAUAACCUAGUGAGUUAUCCUUUAGAAUCUGGUGACCAGUGAAUAACUCAUCCUGACCCAGUGUCUUAACUCACCGAGUUGUGACUCAGUUACUGCAGCUAUGCAAAUGGGUGUCUUCUCUUUCAUUUCUUUUCUUUUCUUAUUUCUUUUUUUAAAUGUUGUCUGUCAUGUUUGUUGGAUUGGCUCCCUUUGUUUCUCACCUUCUACAGCUUUCGGAGUCAUGUUGUAGCCUAAAAUAACUCUAUUCCAUGAAUGAAAUAUAAAAUAUGACUUGCAAACAUUUGGGUGA